AUGGGUAUAGGGAGUAACGUGACACCCGGGAGAAACCCGGAGACCCGGGCGCCGAGAGGGAGGGAAGAGGGAGGAGAGAGGGCUGCGGAGAGCCGGAGAGGGAAAGGGGAGGAGAAGAAGGAAAACCCCUGUCAAGGAGGUGGAGCGAGGGGGUGGCCCCAUGGGGCCCCUCUGGGGGGCUCCCCUCCGGGCCUGGGCAGCUGGAAGCGCCGGGUCUCCCUGCUGCCUUUCCUGCGCUUCUCCCUCCGGGACUACGGCUUCUGCAUGGCCACCCUGCUGGUCUUCUGCCUGGGCUCUCUCUUCUAUCAGCUCAGCGGGGGACCCCCUCGCUUCCUGCUCGACCUGCGGCAGUAUUUGGGAAAUUCCACUUACUUGGAUGAUCAUGGACCACCUCCUAGUAAGGUGCUACCUUUCCCCAGCCAGGUGGUGUACAACAGAGUAGGCAAGUGUGGGAGUCGCACUGUGGUCUUGCUUCUGAGAAUCUUGUCGGAAAAGCACGGAUUCAAUUUGGUCACGUCAGACAUUCACAACAAAACCAGGCUUACUAAAAAUGAACAAAUGGAACUGAUUAAAAAUAUAAGUACUGCCGAACAGCCCUAUUUAUUCACUCGACAUGUUCAUUUCCUCAACUUCUCAAGGUUUGGAGGAGACCAGCCUGUCUACAUCAACAUCAUUAGAGACCCCGUCAACCGGUUUUUAUCUAACUAUUUUUUCCGUCGAUUUGGAGACUGGAGAGGGGAACAGAAUCACAUGAUCCGCACCCCCAGCAUGAGGCAGGAGGAGCGCUACCUGGAUAUCAAUGAGUGCAUUCUUGAAAACUAUCCUGAGUGUUCCAACCCCAGAUUAUUUUACAUCAUCCCAUAUUUUUGUGGACAGCAUCCCAGAUGCAGGGAGCCUGGUGAGUGGGCCCUUGAAAGAGCAAAACUGAACGUGAAUGAAAACUUCCUGCUUGUGGGGAUUCUCGAAGAGUUAGAAGAUGUGCUGCUUUUACUGGAAAGAUUUUUACCUCAUUACUUCAAGGGUGUGCUCAGUAUCUACAAAGACCCAGAGCAUAGGAAACUUGGAAAUAUGACUGUGACCGUGAAGAAGACUGUCCCCUCCCCCGAGGCCGUGCAGAUUCUCUACCAGCGAAUGAGAUACGAGUAUGAGUUCUACCACUACGUCAAAGAGCAGUUCCACCUGCUGAAGCGCAAGUUUGGACUGAAGUCCCACGUCAGCAGGCCCCCUCUGAGGCCCCAGUUCUUUAUCCCAACUCCCCUGGAAACCGAGGAGCCGAUCGAUGACGAGGAGCAAGAUGACGAGAAGUGGCUAGAAGAUAUUUAUAAGAGAAACCAACAAGUCUCUCUAGAGUUUUUUCUUCGUUCACUAAAAUUGGAUGGUAGCCAAGAUAUAAAGCAAGUCCUUUGGAACCUGUCGAGUGAGCACUAAAGCUACUUUAUCAUGAGAUGUACUGAGAAGGCUCCGCCCCACAGGAGUCCAGCGAAGGCUGGGACCACAGAGGCACAAAAUCCAGCAUUUGGCCACUGGUGGGCCUCCUUUCUGCCCCAGAGAACUGGGGCAGAGACGUGCUUAAGAAAAAUUUUCUUAGAAGAGGAAAUAUCCUUUGUCCUGUUGAGAGAGGCCAGGGCCCUACCAUUAGGCCUACCUUAAAAAGCAGCACAGAGAACCUCUGUCCUAUUGAAAACAAAAAACAAGAACGACAGCCUGGUACACGGUGAGUCAUUUCUCUGAAACUGCAUAUAAAGAAUGAUAAUUAGUUCACACACUGUGCAAGCUCACUCUCUGAAAAUAAAAUCAAAUUGGCUUCGUGGUCUCUCUUUGUCAGAACAUCAGGACCACUGGUCAUGUUAGCAAUGCAUCAUCCUCCGAGUUCACACGAGCACUGGGUGUCCAAAGGCAUUUAUUGUCAGCCGUGAUCCUGACAACAUCCCAGCAAAAGAUGCUGACGGACUCACUUGCAGGGCCUUACUGUUACUCCGUCCCAACAAAUAGCCUCUACGUCCUGAAAGUCAAGGCACUUCAUCAGUUUAUUGGCACACAUAACAACAUUUCUUUGGCCCUGAGCCCAACGCAGUUUGUACUUCAUGAAAUAUAUUGUACAUUUUACAUAGUUUAAUUUAAAAAAUACAUUUUAAGCUGGUUGAUCUUUGACUGCCUUAUUUAUUAUAACCUUUCAGCACAUUCCAAGGUUUUAGUUACUCAGGAAGGAGUUAAUUAAAAUGAUUUUUAUUUUGGUCUGAUGGAUGUUUUUUAAAAGGAAAAUUAUUAUUAUGAACCUUCAGCCUACUUUCCUUGAGUGCCAUAAAAGUGCUUGUAAAUCUUUUUUUUUUUUAAGAAGAAGAAAGAAAAAAAAUGGUGUUUGACAUGGAUGGAAAUUCAAAAAUAUAUAUGGAACUGAAACAUUAGCUUAGCUAAAAUAAAAGCAAUCUGUGUUUGAGAUGAAGUGUUCCUUAACUUAUUCAUUAUCCAUAUAAAUAAAUGAGUAUAAAUAA